CGAUCCGGUCCUUAGGGCACUAGCGAUUUCCGCCGGCUUUUCUAUCGUCACUAUAUUCGUUUUAAUUUGUACCGGUCCUAUCCGUCAAGAUGGGUUGUGGAAUGAGCACGGAGGAGAAGGAGGGCAAGGCCCGCAACGAGGAGAUCGAGAACCAGCUCAAAAGGGAUAAGAUGAUGCAGCGGAACGAAAUCAAGAUGCUUCUUCUGGGUGCUGGUGAAUCCGGAAAGUCGACCAUCUUAAAACAGAUGAAGAUCAUCAACGAGGGUGGUUACUCACGCGACGAGCGAGAGUCCUUCAAAGAAAUCAUCUUCAGCAAUACCGUCCAGUCCAUGCGCGUCAUCCUCGAAGCCAUGGAGUCUCUGGAACUGCCGUUAGAGGACCAGAGAAUGGAGUACCACGUCCAGACAAUCUUCAUGCAACCAGCCCAGAUCGAGGGCGACGUAUUACCUCCGGAGGUUGGCAACGCGAUCGAGGCUCUAUGGAAGGACCGUGGUGUCCAAGAAUGUUUCAAGCGAUCGCGCGAAUACCAAUUAAACGAUUCGGCUAGAUACUACUUCGACAAUAUCGCUCGCAUUGCCGCGCCGGAUUACAUGCCUAAUGAUCAGGAUGUCCUUCGAUCCCGUGUCAAGACUACCGGUAUCACCGAAACGACUUUUAUUAUUGGUGAUUUGACGUACAGAAUGUUCGAUGUCGGUGGUCAACGAUCCGAGAGAAAGAAGUGGAUCCACUGCUUUGAGAACGUGACGACUAUCCUGUUCUUAGUCGCCAUUUCGGAGUACGACCAGUUACUCUUCGAAGACGAGACCGUCAACCGUAUGCAAGAAGCGUUAACUCUAUUCGACUCCAUCUGCAAUUCGCGAUGGUUCAUCAAGACCUCCAUCAUCUUGUUCUUGAACAAGAUCGACAGAUUCAAGGAGAAGCUCCCUGUUAGCCCGAUGAAGAACUACUUCCCCGACUACGAAGGCGGUGACGACUACGCGGCGGCUUGCGAUUAUAUUCUCAACCGAUUCGUCAGCUUGAACCAACAUGAGACCAAGCAGAUCUACACGCAUUUCACAUGCGCGACGGAUACGACGCAAAUCCGAUUCGUCAUGGCUGCGGUCAACGAUAUCAUCAUCCAAGACAACCUUCGCCUCUGUGGUCUCAUUUGAUUGUAUAAAAAGGGGGACUGAUCAUAGAGAUGAAACCCGCGAUAGAACAGCGGCUUACCACAAUACCCAAUCGCACAUUCGAUGGCUGCCAGUAAUGCCAUAUACCUGGCUAACGACUUGACCUGUACUCACCACGAACUUGGCCGACGAUCUCCUUCCAUGUGUUUGCUUUGCGCCUGAAUUAUCUCAGAUACUCC